AUGAACUCCUCUGCUCCCAAACAGCAGUACAUUCUCACCACUGCCGACAGCUCCGGAGCAGGCAAGGUGAUCCUAGCCUCACCCGAUGCCCACAACACCAAGCAACUCAUCUUCACUGCAGCUGACAACCUCAUGCCAGGACGAAUACAGAUUGUGACAGAUCCUAUGUCUAUGGAGCGAUUGCUCGGCCAGUCGGGUGAUUUAAGUCGAGCCCAGCCGGUGGAAUAUUGUGUAGUGUGUGGAGAUAAAGCAUCAGGUCGUCACUAUGGAGCGGUGAGCUGUGAGGGCUGUAAGGGCUUUUUCAAACGCAGCGUCAGAAAGAACUUGAGCUACAGCUGCCGCAGUAAAGAGGACUGUGUCGUGAACAAGCACCAUCGCAACCGCUGUCAGUUUUGCCGGCUGAGAAAAUGCCUGAAGAUGGGGAUGAAGACUGAGUAUGUCCGUUACAAUCUUACAGCUGUCCAGAGUGAAAGAAAACCCAUUGAAUUCUUACCCAGAGAAAAGCACGCCAAUUGCGCAGCCUCAACCCAGAAAAUCUACAUUAGAAAGGAUAUGAAUAGUCCGCUCAUUGCUACACCAACAUUUAUAUCCGACACAGAGACUGACGGCUCCAGAUCCAGUUUGAUUGAACAGGGUAUGCUGGUGAACAUUCAGCAGCCGGUGAUACAUGCUGAUGGCACGCUGCUACUCGCCACAGACCCCAAGUUGGAGUCGAGACAAGGCGACCUGGGGACUUUGGCCAAUGUGGUCACUUCAUUGGCAAACCUUAGUGAUUCGCUGAGAGAAAAUCUAAACAAUGGAGACACUUCUGACAGCCAAAGUGAAGAGCAGUCUGCUACUGAAAUUACACGUGCCUUUGAUACCCUGGCCAAAGUUUUGCAUCCAAACAAUGCAGAAGUUGGACAUACUGUGGAAGGCAAACUCACCAGUGGAACUAUACAAUUGAUCGGACGAGACGAGGGGACUCCUAUCAUUGAGGUGGAAGGACCUCUGCUCACCGACAACCAUGUCGGCUUUAAGCUGACAAUGCCCAGUCCGAUGCCUGAAUAUCUGAAUGUACAUUACAUCUGCGAAUCAGCAUCCAGGCUCCUCUUCCUUUCAAUGCACUGGGCUCGCUCAAUCCCAGCGUUUUCAUCUCUAGGUCAAGAGGCCAACACCAGUUUAGUCCGAGCUUGCUGGAAUGAGCUGUUCACCCUGGGUUUGGCUCAGUGUGCUCACAUCAUGAACUUGUCCUCGAUCCUGUCGGCCAUCAUCACCCACCUCCAGGAUGACAAGCUCUCUGCAGAAAGAGUGAAGCAGGUGAUGGAGCACAUCUGGAAGUUUCAGGAGUUCUGUAACAGCAUGACGAGGAUCGACACCGACAGCUAUGAAUAUGCUUAUUUGAAGGCCAUCGUGCUUUUUAGCCCCGAUCACCCAGGUGUGGAUGGCGGUGGACAGAUUGAGAAAUACCAGGAAAAAGCCUUGAUGGAGCUGCAGGAUUAUGUGCAGAAGACUUACCCGGAGGACACAUACCGGCUGACCCGCAUCUUGACGCGCCUCCCCGCUCUGCGCCUCAUGAAUCCGAGCAUCACAGAAGAAUUGUUCUUCACUGGAUUAAUCGGGAACGUUUCCAUCGACAGUAUCAUUCCAUACAUCCUGAAGAUGGAGACCGCAGAAUACAACAGCCAGGGCUCCGACCCCAUAGACUAA